AAUAAUUAAUAUAAAAGUGCAACCACCGAGACCAAUUUGACAAAUUGGAUAUUGAUGUUAGUCUUAUCAGUAGACAGUUAUCUCUAUUUACCCAUUUUUAUACCGUAAUGUUCUAUAACGUUGUGCUAUUGAUCCAGACAUUGCACACAGUUUUAGAUAUUUAUUAUUCCAUUGUGCAUUGUGAAAUAGAUGCAUGUAAACUUUUAACUUAUGUAUCGUUUUUAUAUGAUUGUCGAUUCGUUUGUAUUCUUUUCUGCAUAUAAAACAAAUCUUCUGCAUACGACUGUCAUUAUAAUAAAGUUUUCAUUCUGCACAAAAGUGGUUUCCAAUUGGGAGACAGAAGGCGAAGUAUUGUUUCCGGCGAUGGAUCGAAACACUCGAAACUGCUCAACGUCGAUUUUGCCAUUAUCCAUUUUCUAGACCCAUUAUUGACGGAUUCUGAAAAAUUUGCGCCCAAAUUGAUCGAUUGAUAUAUUAUAUUGUUGUCGUCGAGUCGUCGAGCUACGUCCGCGCGAAAGGGGUUUCGGAGCCGUCGGCGAUUCCGCCGGAGUCGGGGACGUAGGGUAAAGCAAGGUAUAUUCGUGAUGAAUUAACUAGAUGUGUAAUUGCAAAGUCAAUUUCAGUAAUUUUACAUAAUUACUUUAAUUGUUUGAUGAACAUAGAGUAAUGUUACUAGAAUUUGCAGUUUUGGGAUUUUAAGUCCUUUGAUAAGUUUUUAUAAAAGCUCAAAAGUCAUUGAGAAAAGUUAGGUAAUUUUGUGAUAUGACAUUUUAUUUCGUGAUAGCGGUUACGUAAUUUCGUGAGUACACAAUAAUUUAAAUUUUUCUUUAUUAAUUAAGUAUAACAUCUGGUAUAAUAUAACAUAAAAUAUCAACACUUUUUUUGAAUUCAUAAUUAUUCAAUCAGACUUUAAGUUCAUAAAAUAUAAAUAUAGUCAGGCUUAUAAGUUAACAAAAUUAUAAUAAAACUUUCAUUACUUUAUAUUUAUAUAAAAAAAAAAUAAACUUUUAACAUAGGUAGCUUAGAAAUUAAAAUAACAGACCUACUAAACACACCUAAUAUUAAUAUAUAUAUUAUAUAGGUACCGUAACAUGGGGUAACUUUGUACCAUUUUUCAGCAUUUUUAAACUUUAGGGCUAAUAUUAGGUAGGUUGCACUUAAAAAAAAAAAAAAAUUCGUACAUAAUUGUGUAUGCUUAGACAUGCCUUCUGUGAAAUCUAAUUUUAAUUUUUUUCGUAUUUUAACUUUAAAAAAUCUAUUCAAAAAUUUGGGCCAAUGUUACCCGGCAAUGGGGUAACUUUAACUCACCUCCAAUAUCUUUAUAUUUCUGCCCUUCCUGCUUCUUUGGGCCAAAGUUAGCCUAUGUCAAAUUAAUCAGCAAGUUUCUAGAAAGCAAUUAAACCAAUUUUGGGGGGUAAAACAAGCGAAAAUAACGAAUAAAAUAGCCAGUUUAAGGAAAUUAAUUUUUUUAUUACGCCUUAAAUACAUGUUUAUUAAAUAAUAAUAAAAAAAAAUACUAAAUGUAUGUUUUAAUUAUAGAAGUUAAAAAAUAUAACAUAUUACACAAAUUCAUUUAAUUCUGGUACAAGAAAAAAAUUUCGUUUGCACAAAAUCGCUGGAUUUAUUUUUGCUAUGACGUCGCGCCACUCAUAGUCAAUGCAGUCUUUCUUUGCGGGCCACCUCCACUGUUUUGAAAGCUUCUCCAUGCAGUCCACAGUUGCGCCUUUAUUGGACAUUUUUGUGAUACGACCGGAAAACUGAUUUUCUUGAAAUUUGACCAGAACCAAAUCACCAACCUUAUAAUUUUGUUCCGGUUCUUCGAGGUUGUCGUCGGGUUCAACUAGGUUAUUUACAUCUUCACUGUCACUGCCGUCGUCGGGUUUAACUAAAGACGCGGUCACACGGUGAUAGUAAAACGCCAUAGUCACUAUCGAUACUAUCACGAUAGCUACUAUCACUAUCUCAAUAGUGUUCACACGUCUAGUAUAAUAAAUAACUUAUACUGUGAUUUUUUCACUAUCAUCUAACAUAAUAAUAUGGUAUUACAAUAAAACUAAUUUUAUUGUUUGUUGAUUGCAAAAAAUAUAUAUUCGUAGAAGCUUUUGUAUUUUUUUUUAUAAGUUUAAAAUGUCAUCUGAACAAAUUGAGAUUGCUAUAAUACAAAUAAUCGAAGAAUUACUUGUUAUUAAAAGAAAAUACGGGGCACGUGAAAAAAGGAUUUGGGUUAAAAAAUGGAUUAAACGUAGAAAUCAAUUUGGUGCAUCUAAUACACUUCUAAAAGAGUUAGCUGUAGAAGAUCCAAAAAGCUACUUCAAUUUUUUAAGAAUUAAUGAAGAAAUGUUCAACACACUACUUGAAAAGGUUAGACUCAGAAUUCAAAAGCAAGAUACGAUGAUGAGGUGUGCAUUGCCUCCUAAGUUGAAGCUAGAAGUUACGUUACGUUACUUAGCAACUGGGGAUUCUUUCAAAACACUGCAGUAUAUAUCGAUGGUUAAGCGCACACAUGUGUUAUGUAAAAAUUUAUGCAUUUUUCAAGAAUGGCAUUCAAAGAUUUAGAAGGAUGU